AUGUUAAUGAUAUACCCUAAAAUGUUCAAGCUAUACCCUAAAAGGUUCAAGAUAUACCCUAAAAUUUUCAAGCUAUACCCUAAAAGGUUCAAGCUAUACCCUAAAAUGUUCAAGAUAUACCCUAAAAUGUUCAAGAUAUACCCUAAAAUGUUCAAGAUAUACCCUAAAAUGUUCAAGAUAUACCCUAAAAUGUUCAAGAUAUACCCUAAAAUGUUCAAGCUAUACCCUAAAAGGUUCAAGCUAUACCCUAAAAUGUUCAAGAUAUACCCUAAAAUGUUCAAGAUAUACCCUAAAAUGUUCAAGAUAUACCCUAAAAUGUUCAAGAUAUACCCUAAAAUGUUCAAGAUAUACCCUAAAAGGUUCAAGCUAUACCCUAAAAUGUUCAAGCUAUACCCUAAAAUGUUCAAGAUAUACCCUAAAAUGUUCAAGAUAUACCCUAAAAGGUUCAAGCUAUACCCUAAAAUGUUCAAGAUAUACCCUAAAAUGUUCAAGAUAUACCCUAAAAUGUUCAAGAUAUACCCUAAAAGGUUCAAGCUAUACCCUAAAAUGUUCAAGAUAUACCCUAAAAUGUUCAAGAUAUACCCUAAAAUGUUCAAGAUAUACCCUAAAAUGUUCAAGAUAUACCCUAAAAUGUUCAAGAUAUACCCUAAAAUGUUCAAGAUAUACCCUAAAAUGUUCAAGAUAUACCCUAAAAUUUUCAAGCUAUACCCUAAAAGGUUCAAGCUAUACCCUAAAAUGUUCAAGAUAUACCCUAAAAUGUUCAAGAUAUACCCUAAAAUGUUCAAGAUAUACCCUAAAAUGUCUUCACCCCCUUUGACUCAAGGGGGUAUUUCGACCAGAAAUGGUCGAAAAUAA